GGGCACGCGGUGCCCGCCCAGGUUGCAUUUACACCCUAUGCCCCGGAGUCCGGGAGCAAGUGCCAGCCGGAAGAAUACUACGACAGCAGGGCCCAGAUGUGCUGCAGCAAGUGUCUGCCUGGCUACCAUGCAAAAGAGUUCUGCACCAAGACCUCAGACACUGUAUGUGCCCCCUGCGAGGACAGCACAUACACCCAGCUCUGGAACUGGCUCCCCGAGUGCUUGAGCUGUGGCUCCCGCUGCACCUCUGACCAGGUGGAGACUCAAGCCUGCACUCCGAAACAGAACCGCAUGUGCGCCUGCAGGCCGGGCUGGUACUGCGCGCUGGGGCAGCAGGAGAGGUGCCGGCUGUGCAUGCCACUGAGCAAGUGCCGCCCUGGCUUCGGCGUGGCCAAACCAGCAACUGCAAUGUCAAAUGUGGUGUGCGCCCCCUGUACCCCGGGGACAUUCUCCGACACAACUUCAUCCACAGAUGCUUGCAGACCCCACCGGAUCUGUAGCUUGGUGGCCAUCCCUGGCAAUGCAAGUAUGGAUGCCGUCUGCACCUCUGUUUCCCCUACCCUGAGAGUGACCCUGAGGCCAGCUGGCAUACCCCAGCCUGUGUCCACAAGAUCCCAACCCCUGGAGCCAACUCCGGGACCCAGCAUAGCUCCAGACACCUCCCUCCCAUUCCCAAUGUUCCCAACCCAUCCGGCUAAAGAGCUCAGCACGGGCAGCAUCUCUCUUCCAAUCGGACUGAUUGUUGGCGUGGCCGCCUUGAGUCUGCUCAUAAUAGGACUGGUGAACUGUAUCAUCCUGACCCACAAGAAAAAGAAGCCCUCCUGCCUGCAAAGAGAAGCCAAGGUGCCUCACCUGCCCGCCGAUAAGGCCCGGGGUGCGCCGGGCCCUGAGCAGCAGCACCUGCUGACCACAGCACCAAGCUCCAGCAGCAGCUCCCUGGAGAGCUCGGCCAGUGCCUCGGACAGGAGGGUACCCAGCAGCCACCAGUCGCAGGCUGCAGGCACCGAGAAGGAUAGGGGGUCCGGGGAGGCCCGUGCCAGCUCUGGGAGCUCAGAGUCCUCCCCUGGUGGCCAUGGGACCCAAGUCAAUGUCACCUGCAUCGUGAACGUCUGCAGCAGCUCUGACCACAGCUCACAGUGCUCCUCCCAAGCCAGCUCCAUGACAGGAGACGUGAAUGCCAGCCCCUCGAGCUCCCCAAAGGACGAGCAGGUCCCCUUCUCCAAGGAGGAGUGCCCCUCCCAGUCCCCGCUGGAGACUCCAGAGACUCUGCUGCAGAUCCCUGAGGAGAAACCCCUGCCCCUUGGCGUGCCCGACGCUGGGAUGAAGCCCAGUUAACCAGGCUGGUGUGGGCCGUGUCACAGCCAAGGUGGGCUGGCCCCUGGCAGGGCGACCCUGUAAAGGCCUCCACCCCCUUGGACUCUAUGGUUCUUUCUUGGCCAAGUUCCUCAAGUGGCCUCCACAGCCCCAGCUUCCCUGUCACCUGCGGGCUGAGGGACGAGGCAGCGAGAGUCAUGAAGAACCUUUGCUGUCGUGCUGUGUGUCCCUCUCAAAAGGCUGGCUGGGCAUGGAUACAGGGCGAGUCCCUGCCUCUCUGUGAGCUGCCCCCCAGCUGGACCUGCGAGCUUGGCUUCUGGAGCCUUUGUUGUUGUUUUUUUUCUUUUUACCCCUGGGCUCUGGCCUGGCUCUGGCUUUCGGAAGGCCCCAGCAUCCUCCCAGCAGAGGGGCUUGCUGGGGAGGAGGGACACUGCAUGAGUAAUCCUUGAAGAAAGGACACAGCUUCAGCCUGAGUGCCCAGACUGCAGCCUGGUCCCAGUGGGUGAGGCCAUCCAUCAGGUGGUUCCAUGUGGGGAGGAGGUGGCAGCCCUGUAGGGGACAGGGGCCCCCUGGUUAGCUCAGGACUUGGAAAGCACCACCUCCAAAUCCACUUCUGCUACCUUGGCCCUUUGUAUCACCGUAUGAAAAUCAGAUGCCCAAAGGACCCACGCAGGCAACCUUAUUUGGUGCUGUGGUCUGGGCAAAAUGGCAAACCUCUAACCGGAAAUCUUCCAAUUUUAACAUGUGGCAGUUUAAAAAAAAAAAGUGUCAUGCAGGCAGACAAGCCAACAAAACAACAAACAGCCAAGUCAGAGGGCCACAUGCAGCCCCUUCCCGGCCAUUGGCCUCCUCUGCCUUUGACCUUCACUCCCAUGUGCCCACGGCUCCAGCCCCUCGUCCCUCACUGUCAGACGUAGUGUUCCAAGGCCACACCUUCUCCUAUCAGGGAAUUGCAGGAACUGGAGAUGAUCGAGGGUCUGCAGCCAUCUCUCCCCUCCUACCUCAGCCUGGACCUUCCUCCUGCCUCUGGAAGGGUGUGCUUCCCAACCCCCGACUCCCCAGCCCCAGGGGAGCAGUGGGGCCGCGUUGGUCCUGUGCCGGCCGCGAUGCCGAGUGGAUGUGAGAAGCUGGGAGCCAGUCUGUCUGUGUCGUGUGUUGUGGGUCUGCUUAGCCGAUGUCAUCAAGUUAAUGACCUUGAAGCAGCUGAAGCCAGCAAUUUUGCCAAAGGAUUCUUCCCCAUUAAAAUUUCAACCCGCUCCCUCUGAACACAGGCCCAGGACCCUGCAGGGGGUGAACUGAGUAUGACCUUGACAGAUUCUGGAAGGAAGGGGGUUGGGAGACUCCUUCAGAGACCAGUUCAGUCUCAGGUACUUGGAUCCCUUGCUGAUAAAUUCCACUGGACUUGAACUUGGCAGCUGGACUAUUGAGGGUAGGAGAGCCCAGCCAUUACCAUGGAGACAAGAAAGGUUCCCCACCCAGGAAUCAAGAUGUAGUCGGCCUUGACUGGCCAGGUCCCUACCCACAGCGGACCCUGCACAGUGGUGGAGUGCGGCUGCCCCCUGGUGGACAGUUCUGGGAGGGCCUCGGCGUGGCAUCGCCUGAGCAAAGUGGGGAAGCUGCGAAUUGGCCAGAGACUCAUUCUUUCUGGGUGUGGCCUCAGUUUCCUUGCUUAUGUUGAACCUAAAACAACGAGAGUUUGCACUGUAUGCUGGACAGCAUUCCUGCCUAUAAAUAAAUCUUUUGUUUGUUUUACACAUUGA